AUGUCAGGAUCCCAUGAAAGAACUCCCAACCACGCAGGCACAGUCUUGCGUUUUUACCCUCAAGACGUUUCGGUCACAGAGGACAGCAAAACUCUCCUUGCGAAGGUUGAACAAUGUCUCGUCCCUCAAAUCGUCGAGGAUGGUCCUAAAGACAGCGAAAUGUCCACCGUUGGACCACAUGGAGAAAUAGUUAAAAUUUCCAAGAUUAAAGAUUUAAGAGAUUUGUUUUCUCCUGAAUUUGACAUGUUGCAUACCUUCACAGCAACAAGACUCACUGCAAAUAUGUGGCGCAAUACUUUAGAGUCUUUGACACAAACCUUUGACGAUCCAAAAUUGAAGAACGCUGCUUCAUAUUGGGAUAACAAUCCACACGGUACUCUUACCAUUAGUCCAUACGGUCUCCAGGAUGAGAUGAAUGCCUACUACCAACGUCUCCAGGUGGGGUGUGAGUUAAAGUUUGGUUAUUUUCAGAGCGAGAAAGGCCAGAAGAUUUUUACAUGUCAGACACCUGAUGUUGUGGCUCAUGAAGCGGGACACUAUUCAUUGGAUCGUUUGCGUCCCGAAUUCAUGAAUUCUAAUCAAAUGCAAACACAUGGCCUUCAUGAAGCAUUUGGAGAUAUCUCUGCGUUAAGUUUCGUGUUUGCAGAUGAUGCCAUGGCGAAUGCAUUAAUUAUUACAACCCAUGGCAAUCUUCAUUCAUCCCAAAACUUUGCUGCAAAGCUUGCCGAACAGUUUGGUAUUUCAUUGGGAAUGCAUGGUUAUCUUCGCAAUGCAGAUGCUGAUUAUAAACUUUCUGAUGUUGAAAAUGAAGAACAUGCAUUAUCAGAAGUGUUUACCGGAGCUUAUUACGAUGCACUUGCAAGAGCUUUUAAGGAUGCUACUAAUCAGUACCCCUAUUACCAUCCUGCCAAUUUGUUGCAAGCAGUGAGUGAAUUCGCUCGUGGUCUCCUUUUGCAUACCAUUGUGACAGUCCAAAAAGACGAACCAGAAUUUUCUGACAUUGCCCGUCAUUUGAUAGAGACAGUUAUUCCUCAACAUGGAAAAGUCGCACCUGCAAGAGUCGCCUAUUUGAAAUCUUUGAAUUGGCGUGAAUACUUUGAAAAGGAGUUUACUCGUCGUGAGAUUAAUAUUCCUAGCAAUCUAUUACAACAUAAACCAAAAGAGAAGAUGAAAAAGAAGAGCAUUAUCGAAAUGAGAUCGAAAGAACGAAAAGAGAUUUUAAAAUCAGUAUGUGGUGGUCUCCGUAAAUUCAAGAAAUAG